GUUGUUAGAGAUAAGAAAUGAAUGAACUUGGCUGACUGUAGGACCAAGGCUUCUUUGGUCUAAAGUUCUAGAAAGAAAUCAGGAGAGGGAGAGCAGACUAUUCCACAGUUCCUGUUCACUUCACUCAUUUAAACUCUUAGAACUUCUUCAUCUGUGACUCUAACCAUGGCCUCUUAUUUCUGAUACGCAACAUCAGAGCAGAACGACCUUAAUAUUGACACACGACACGUCACCAGGAGUCUGAACUAGUCUUCACCAAUUACUGACGACAUUCAGGUCCAAAUGUAAGAGAAUAAACAACGAUUUCUGUAUUAUUUCAGCCUAAACCCUCGUUGAUCAACAGAACACAUCUGGGUGACACGACUAAAUCCAUCACAGCUUUUCAUCCACCAAGUUUGAGGAGAGGGAGCGUCAAUCUCAGAUCACCGACCUCGAAACAGUCGAACCAAAGACUGAACACCAAGACUCAGUCCUGGCUCAACUGCAUGUGUUCUCCAGUAUCAGUGACGUCAUGGCAGUGCUGAUACAGACCACCUGACUGUCACUGGACCGGCUGAGUGUUGUCUCACAACUGACAGCCCUUACAUAUCAGAGUUGUACAGCUUUACUACUGUAAUCCUCUGUUGACACCUGGUGGUCAGAUGUAGGUGUUGUACAAUGGACUACUUUUUAAAUAAAUGACGUAAUGGGAAAAUAAUGUGAAACCUAACUGUAAAACAAACACACAGCCCUCUGUGUUUUAGCCAGUUUUUAUUUUCAUCUCAUUAAUAUUAUGUGUCAAUUAUUCUUUGUUACGAGCCGUCGCACAUAAUUCACAUUAGAAAAAUCCAGCUGCACCCAAAACAUGUCACAAGAUCACAGAAAACCUGAAAAUGUUAAAGGUUAACUCCACCUACUAAACAGACCGUCAGUCAUCCUACUGUUCUUCACCUUCUUUCCUGUAAAUUAAAGGUUAUGAGUUCUGACGGUGGACGUCACUUCUUCUACAAACUUAGGUGAAUACAAUGGUUUUCUGGCUGUUCCACACGUGACACGUCACUUACAGUUCUGCCCUGCACAUAAACAGUAACAGCUGAACACAGACUGUCCAAUCAAAAACACAGGGUCAAACACACUGACUCAUCCAGGGAGAGAGUCAGUUCAAAGAAGGCCUCAUAAAGUCAGGUCAGAACCUAAAUGGACAGACCAGGAUACAACCAGUCCAAGACAACAGUACCAAACCUGGGGAGACAAAGACAGGCUGUCAGUGAGGAAGUAGAAGGUGGCUGAUCUGAGCGUGACAGCUCUCUGUCAUGAACUGACUUUCAUCCAUGUUGUUGUUGUUCAGCUCAGGGUGGAGGAACAGACAGACUGCCAGUCUCCACACCUCUGAUAUAAAAACUAACAAACAUUCAGAGUCUCCACUUCCCCUGAGGAAAAAAAAAAACAACUUCUACAAAUGUUAAAAGCAGGAAACACUACACCGAACGGCCAGAGACAUGUGACCUUCUCAGCAGGAGGCAGACCACGCUAACCACUGUCACACUAUGCAGUUCAUUUACGGGAAUAAUUAAAAAAAAUAAAAACGACAUAAUACUUUGUUUUUUCUACCUUCUCUUAAAACAAAUGUCAUUAUUUUCUGUCAGCACAACAAACACAACAAACACCUGGAAAUUUCCACAUAACAAUGGGAAUUUACCGCUGUCAAAGAAAAGUUUAAAUUGUCUUCGACGGAGCCAAAACCACUGAUGUCCAGGUUCGCAAAUAAUUUAAAAAAGAGCAUAUUUACUGUUACAUUAUCAACGGGAACAUUAACUCUUUUUUUCCCAUUCUUAACGCAUUCGCGUACAUGCUAACAUGUGAGGUUGAUAUUUAGCUUCGACAGAAACUCUUCGGCCUGUGUUAGUUCUAAUUCUGCUUUUACGAUUUAACACGGAACGAUUAUUCUCAAAUUACCGAGUGAUGCAGAAUAUAUGUAUUUUAAUUAAACAUUUAAAUAUUGGUAGUAUUUUGAGUUUCGUCUUUUAAACUAAUAAUAACAAUAAAGAAAAAUGUUAUUUCUAUUAAUUAUCUUUUUUACCGUUAGCGGUCCUACCUUUAUUUGUACACACUUCUUUUUUCUUCGUCAUUCUCUCGUAUAGUUCCCCGUAAAUAUUUUUCUUUUGUUGUCAACCUUCUGAAUUGACACAAUAAAAACGUCUUCAUAAUUUUUUUACAACGGUUUUCGUUUCUUAUUUAACGAGUAAAUCAGACAAACUGUCCACUGACGUCAGCCCAAAUAUACAUACUUUGACCCGCGGUAACUAAAUCCUUCAUUUAUCGACGAAUCACUGCAGCGACAAUCACCUGUCGGGCUCAUGUCUGCCCCCUUUAGGUGUAAUAUGGUACUGUCUGUCUCAUUUACUCCUUUACUCUUUUUUUCUGCGGGUUCAUUUUUAAUGAACACAUUUAACGAUGUAGUCUAUAAAAUUGUCAAAAAAUAUAUAAUGUAAAUACACAUAUAUAUUAAUUUAAAUAUGUGGGCAUUAUUAACAGACUAUAAGAAAGUUAUUGUCACGCUCCCCCCCUCCCCUUCUCCCCUUUUCUCCUCCUUUUUUUUCGGUCGAUACGAGUCAGUCAUAGCAACCGUGACGUCAUAUGUCAACUGGUCGUUUCCUGCUGGCACAAACUGUGGUGAGAGACGAUCUGAAAGUGAAAUGAGAAUCUUCGACCAGAGGAUGUGCUGCUGUGCAAAUCACUGUUGAUACCGCGGGAGUCAAGUUCCUCCGGACUUUUCUGUCAACAUGGCUCCUGUAUAUAAGUCACUGAGCAGAGGCAGAGCUGACAACACCUGCCGUGGACACGGACGACAAGAUGACGACACUCACACUCAGUAUCCUGUUGACUACGUUUCUGCGACUCUGCUCCCAGAAUCCCACUCACUCCUGGACUCUGCUUCCAAACAUCCUGGUUCUGGAGGUGAACAGCUCCUCAGGGACACAUCCGCUGAGCUGCCUGCAGGAGGCGCCUGGAGGAGACCACCAGAGUCAGGAGAUUAUUUGGAGGAAGGACGGGGAAGAGGAGGAGCAGAGGGGGAACGUGUACCUGGUGCAGCUGAAGAAAAGUUUAGGAGGGGGCAACUACAGCUGCCACAGCAGGGAGGGGUCGCUCCUCAACUACACCCUGGUCCUGAUCCAGGAGAAAGGAAUCAUGGGAAGGAUCCUGGUGAGAAACGACCAAGAGGACUAUAUUAAAUGUUCAGCCCAGAACUACAACGGACACUUCCACUGCUCCUGGUCCUGGCAUCCGAAUCGCGUCAGCAGAGUAGCUUUCAUCAAAGCCUGGCGCGUUUCUAACGACGGUCAGUGUUCUGUGGACAAGGGUGUCCAGCGCUGGACCUGCCCCUCAGGUUCAACCACAUUCGUCUGCACGGUGGAACAGAGUGGGGACAGGAUCUCCUGUGUGGACCAGGGUCACUGUCCCUACUCCGAGGAGACCCAGAGAAUCUCUGUCAGUGUGUACGUGGUGACGCAGCACUUCCUGCUGGAGAACUACUCCAAACGGUUCCACCUGUUUGACAUCGUGAAACCUGACAAGGUGAGCGUCAGUCAGGUCAACAGCACCAUGAUCCAGUGGAGUUACCCCCCCUCCUGGAGCAGCCCCUCCUCCUACUUCCCCCUACGUUUCCAGGUGGCCCAGCUGCGGCGAGGCUGCAGCGGGUGUGACGACCCGUGUGCCGACUUCAGACCUGCAAAAACCAGGAGGGUCCAGACCACAGAGACCUGUCACCUUAAAGUCUGGAACAAGGCCAAGACCGUCUGUGUCCGAGCCACCGACGCUCUGUGUAACUCACAGUGGAGUGAGUGGAGCCACGUCAGACUGAGGAGACACAAAAAGAACAAGAAGGUCAAACAUCACCCCAGCAGACAGGCUGAAUAACUGGACGAGUAUCCACUCCUUUAUUUUAGUACAUUACUAAUGCAUCUUACCACAAUGGAUAGAUUUAUAUUUUGCAACUAUUUAAAAAAUAAAAAAUAAAAGUUCUCCUCAAAACACGAACAUUGUUUCUGCAUAUUAUUUUUU